ACAUUGGCGAUUGGAAUACGGAAGAUUGCGGUUAUGGACACACAAUAAAGACCGUACCGCGGAAGAUAAGACCUGUAGGUUCACCACGGUCAUGGAAUUAGGUUCUGACGGCAGGGAAUCUGUUAGCACUACAGAUGCCAUUUCGAACAAAGUCAAAGGAAAGGCGAGAAGUGAAAAAGUCAUACUGCUGGAGAAAUCCCAUCGUGUUUCAACCAGUGAUGCGACCAGACUUCGUGUUCUAACCAUCAUCGUGUCCUGGGUUUCAGUCAUUGUCGCCUUUGUUCUCGGCACCAUCGCCAUUGUUUUUGCAGUUCUUCAUUCGAGCCAGUCGUUAUUUGCCUUUGGGCUUGAUUCCUUGUUGGACAGUAUAUCUUCAAUAGUCAUCUUAUGGCGGUUUCAUGGGAAGGACGUCUACUCGGAAAUUAAAGAACUAAGGGCGUGUGUCAUGAUCGGCAGCCUAUUUGUGAUUUCCGCCAUGUUUUUGCUGGGAAAAUCUAUACAAGCUUUAGUCGUGGAAAAUCACCCCGAUUGGCAAAUGGUAGCGAUCAUUAUCGCUUCCAUAAACAUUGUCCUGUGUCUCCUGCUGGGCACCUUCAAAGUCUAUCUUGGGUAUGAACUAGAGAGCAGGGCGCUAAUCAUCGAUAGCGUGAUAACCUAUACAGGUGUUGUGAUGUCGACCUUCAGUUUGGUAUUUUCGGCUGUGUAUAACUUUAAUCCAGAGAUCUGGUACCUGGAUGAUGUUCUUGGCAUUGCCUGUGCAGUGUUCCUCUUUGUAAAUGGUAUAAGGGUAAUUGUGUGUAGCUGGAGGGAUUUAAAACGUUGGGCGACCAAGGAAACGUAAUUUUGUGAUCGAUAUGAGCUGAUUGGAAAUGUAACUAUGUACGAUCUACGACAAUUUUCUAAGAUAAUGUCAGGAUCUUUGUUGAUGCAACUAUGGUUUAGAGAUGGUCUUCCAUAUAGCAGACGUUAUUCUGAUAGCGUGUGAUCUGUUUUAAGAUGAAAUCAUCUUCCAACUCUGUUUUGUUAAUAAAAAACUGUAUAUUUCUGUGAAGUUAUAUUUGCUAUAAUUACUCACAGUCUAUAUGUAUAUUUGUGAUAGGUUAGGCACCAACAACCCAAGAUAUUCAAUCAAGAGGGUUUGGGCAUUGUCACUCUUUAAAUAAAAAAAGGCGGUACCAAACAAAUCUCGAUAAACACCCCUUAUUUUUAUAUUGUAUAUAUGUACUGUGAUGUUUGUGGAGUAUUGUGCUAUUGUUCCAUGUUUUUGGUUGGUAAUUGUUUGAUUUUGUAUUCUAUGUUUUUGCGUUGACCUUGUGCCAUUAAAUCGGGUUUAUG